AUGGAUACUUUACCGUCUACUCCUAAAACACCAAGGACUCCGGGUAGUGCACGGAAGCGAUCCAGUGCGUUCAAAUUGGAAUUACCAGGAGACAAUUCUGUGUCCUCCAGGAUUAGAGAGAAGAUUUCGAUUGUAAAGGAGAGAUACCGAGCAAGAGACCAGCGCCUGAGCAAUACUGACGUGAUAGAGCGAGCCUUGGACUUACUGAUAGCGAGUGACUGUACAGAAUCUGUUGGGUUCAAUGCCAUGGACAUUCCAGCACACGACGAAAAACAUGUACAUUUUCUGUGUACUGACAGCGCCAUCGCCCGCCUGUUGAAUUCGGUUCAGCACCACAGCGCCGUGUGUCAGCAGCAGCUUGUCUUCAGACAGGACCAGGUUCUGAUUUGUGGGUCAGUGGCAGCGAUACAUCUGUCGUGCAGUUCUGGAUAUUCCUUGUCGUGGAACAAAACCAUGCUUAAGGAGGUGUGUUUACUACUGUUAGUCACAUACGUGGCUGCCACAUAUAACACUGGUUACCCUUCUAUUCCGACUGGUCCGUCCUCCAUCUACCGCAACUAUCCUUCUGGUGGAUACAGGUAUGUCGUCUACAUCCAGUACCUCUACUAUCUGUAUGUAACAUACGGACCAGCCUCUGUCCAGUAUCUCCAGUAUUACCAAUACUUGGUCAGACUGCACAUCAUUCCUGAUGGAUUUAACUUUAGCAGAGGUGGAUAUCCAGGAUUUGGUGGUAGUGGAGCUCUUCCAUUAGGUGGUGGAAGUGCUAUUAGCCCUAUCGGUGGCAGUCCAACUGGUGGAUUCCCAUUAAGCCCUGGAUUUGGAGGUCUUCCGCUUGGAGGAUCUGGUUCCCCACUAGGCAGUGGUAUUGGAGGUAUUCCUUUAGGAGGCGGCAGUCUUGGAGGUGGAUUCCCACUUGGAGGUUCUGGGUUUCCUACAGGUGGACUCCCAAGUGGUGGUGCUGGGUUCCCUAUUGGUGGAGGUAGUCUCACUGGUGGUUUUCCGCUUGGGGGAUCAGGUUCUCCAUUAGGUGGUGGCUUUGGAGGGUUGCCUUUGGGAAGCUCCAGCCUUGGAGGAGGACUCCCGUUUGGAGGAUCCGGAUUGCCUAGUGGAGGAUUCCCGAGCGGUGGUGCUGGCUUCCCUUUAAGCAGUGGAGGUCUAGGAGGAUUCCCAAUUGGCAGUGGAAGUCUUGGAGGAGGAUUCCCUCUUAGUGGUUCUGGAUUUCCUAGUGGAGGAUUUCCAACUGGUGGUGCUGGUUUCCCCAUUGGAGGUGGUAGUCUCGGAAGUGGAUUCCCCAUCGGGGGAACAAGUGGAGGCUUCCCUAUGGGAGGAUCUGGAUUCCCUAUUGGUGGCAGUGGUUUAGGUGGAUUUCCAUCUGGUGGUAGCUCUUUAAGUUUAACUAGAAGUGGUUCUAGUUUCUCAUCUGGUAGUUCCGGAUUCCCAAGUAGCGGAUUUCCAACAGGUGGUGCUGGUUUCCCCAUUGGAGGUGGUAGUCUUGGAAGUGGAUUCCCUAUAGGGGGAACUGGCGGAGGCUUCCCUCUUGGAGGAUCUGGAUUUCCUAUUGGGGGCAGUGGAAUCGGUGGAUUCCCAUCUGGUGGCAGGUCUCUAAGUCUUACUAGGAGUGGGUCUAGUUUCUCAUCUGGUAGUUCUGGAUUCCCAAGUGGAGGAUUAUCAGGUACCGGAGGUGGAUUUCCAGGAUCAGGACUUGGUGGAUUUUCUGAUUUCUCCACUUUGUCUUCCAGUUUGAGUGGUUUUGAUGAUCUAAAUGACGGGUUUUCCGGAGGCUAUGGUGGAUACAAAUCUGGUAAAUACUAGUGAGCCAUAAGACUGGAGACCGAAUGAAAACACGGAAUUGAAGACUUGGAAUGACACUGACUUGGAUUUUAUUUUUGUAAAUAUAUUCGUGGUUAUGGAAUAAACAGAUGACGCCCAAA